ACCGUGAAAUCCUGCCAGGAUCCUGUGGAAAAUGAAGUAAUCCUACAGAGGAGUUGCAAAAGCUGCGUGAGAGUGUAGAACUUCUUGGAAUUAUGCACAACUACACCUGAAAAAAGUGACACACGAUGGGCAGGAAGUCAUCCAAGAGGCGGCAUAGCGACAGCAGUGACGAGGAGAGCCGCAGAAAGAGUUCAAAGCACUCUUCGCGGGACAGAAAUGAGGAAACAAAUCUCGUGAACUUCUCUUUCCUGGACUUCAAGGCGGAUUUGACCAGAGUCCUCGUGGGAUUCUCCAAUAAUGAUCAGAUUGUAGAGGAUGUGCGGGAUUUCUGGCUCUUCAUGUCGCGCUAUGAGAGUCUUCUGAAGAAGAGUGGGCAGUGCAUCUUACCUGAGCCUGUGGAAACGUCCCAAAGAUCUCACACUGAGUACAGCAAGAUGUUCUUCACCAAUCUCGAGCUGACGGUGAAGUUUUCAGAGCUGCAAGGACGUCUUUCGACGUAUUGCAAAGAGAUCACCACCAAGAGAUUGAAGCAGUUUUUACAAAUUGUGCUACAUUAUCUGGACUUCAAACAGAAGGAGAAGUUUGCGAAACUGAAGAAGCUGCGCAAGAGUCAGGCAAAUUUGCCGGUGGCGAAGUACAAGGAUGAGAUCAUCAAGGCUGUGCAGGAGAACAGAGUGGUGAUAAUCGCUGGCGAUACAGGAUGUGGAAAGUCUACGCAAAUUCCGCAGUAUCUGCACGAAAGUGGCUUUCGAGGAAUCGCUUGUACGCAGCCCAGGAGGAUUGCGUGCAUUUCUCUGAGCAAAAGAGUGGCGCACGAGAUGCUGUGCGAGUAUGGGAUGGAAGUGGGCUAUCAGAUACGCUUUGAGAGGAGCAAGAAUCAAUCCACCAGCAUUUGCUUCAUCACUGAAGGUCUUCUGCUGCGACAACUCUCCACGGAGGCGAAUCUGUCGCAAUACGACGUGAUUGUGCUGGAUGAGAUUCACGAGAGGAAUCUGCAUGGGGAUUUCCUCCUGGGCGUGUCAAAGUGUUUGCUUCAAGUGCGUCAGGAUGUGAAGUUGAUCCUCAUGUCAGCCACAAUCAAUAUCAAAUUGUUUAGUGACUAUUUUGCCGCCGAGGAGGCGAAAGUGAUUGAAGUGCCAGGAAGAUUGUAUCCCAUCAAGUUGCACUACAUGCCUCAGAUACAGGACGUCGCGGGGCCGAGCAGAGGGAGAGGUUCAGAGAAGCUGAGUCCUGAGCCGUACAUUCAGAUUCUGCAGAUGAUUAACCAGAAAUAUCCCAGCACAGAGCGUGGCGAUGUGCUGAUCUUCAUGAGUGGCAUCAAUGAGAUCACAACAGUCGUUGAUGCGGCCAAGGAGUAUUCGGAGAAGAACCCCAAUUGGAUUAUUCUGCCUCUGCACAGCAGUCUCUCGCUCGAGGAUCAGGACAAGGUCUUUGCAUAUCCUCCUGAAGGCAUAAGGAAGUGCAUUGUGUCCACAAACAUCGCAGAGACCUCAGUGACAAUCGAUGGGAUUCGCUUUGUUGUGGAUUCGGGGAAGAUGAAGGAAAUGAGUUUCGACUCUGCCUGCAAAAUGCAGAGGCUGAAGGAGUUCUGGAUCUCCAAGGCGUCGGCUGAGCAGAGAAAAGGACGCGCAGGACGAACUGGACCCGGAGUUUGCUAUCGUCUCUAUGCUGAGAAGCAGUACGAAGAUCUGGAGUCAUACUCUGUGGCAGAGAUUCAUCGAGUGCCGCUGGAGAGACUCUUGCUGCAGAUGAUUUCCAUGGGACUUCCCAAUGCGCGGCUCUUUCCGUUCGUCGAAGCGCCGCCGAUGGAGAGAAUCGAGAGUGCAAUUCUGUCGCUGAAGCAGCACGACGCCUUGACGGCUAAUGAGUGCCUGACGAGUCUGGGAAUGGCUCUGGCCAAGCUGCCUGUGGAUGUUUCCAUCGGGAAGAUGCUGCUGAUGGGUAGUGUUUUCCAGCAAUUGCAGCCAGUUCUCACCUUGGCGGCUGCUCUGAGUGUCCAAACGCCCUUCACGAAUCGUGCAUAUCGCGAUCACGAGUGCGAGACGGCCAGGAAAGAGCUGGAGUCUGAUCAUGGUGAUCCCAUUACGCUGCUGAAUGCUGUCCGGGCGUGGCUGGAGCUGAAGCAAGCUGGAGGACGCCGGGAGCGUGGACAGGAGGUGGAGAACACGAAGCAUUGGUGUCGACGACGCGGCCUGGAAGAGCAGAGAUUCUACGAGAUUACAAAGUUGCGCAGUCAAUUCCAGGAUCUCCUGACGGACUGUGGAUUGCUGGAGGCGAUGGAGACGAGGAAGCUGACCAGCGCCGAGAAGAUUAUCCGACAUGGGGAGUUGAAACAACUGAGACAGUUGCGGAAGGAGCAUCGAAUGGAGACUCCGAGGAAGAGGAAGUUGCUCAAGAGUGACUCGUGGCAAAUUGAGACGGAAGACAAUGAGGAUGAUGGUUCAGUGGAUAUCAGAGAUGUGGAGUUUCGACUGAGCAAUGACAACCGCAAGAUGCAGAGCCUUCUAUCCAGCGCCACUGCUUGCAGUUAUCGAGAUGUGAUGACGCUGAAGUUGAUCCUGGUGAGUGGAUUGUAUCCUCAGGUGGCGAUUGGCGAUGAAUUCAACUACUGCAAGUCUCCUGGUCAGCAAUUCUAUCACACCAAUUCCAAACCCUUCACUUCCCUGCAUCCUAUGGGAUACUUUGCCAAUAAUCCGGAUGUUCUGCAGCUGAACGACAGCGACAGAGUCGAUGGGAUUGGCGAUUACAGGACGAAGUUGAUCGUCAGCUCGAGGCAUCAGUUGCUCUGCUAUUUAAGCCUGUUGGAAACGACUAAGCCCUACUUGAUGAACACCCUGAGGAUGCCAGCGGCACAGACGCUUCUCCUCUUUGCGCACGCCAUCGACACGAAUCUCACUUGCUCCAGGAUAAUUUGCGAUUCUUGGCUCUGUAUGGAUUUUCCCGUGCCCGAAUCUGGGUUAAUUUUACUCCACAGAGCGUCAAAGCUGCGGCGAUUGUGGAAUAAGUUGCUGGAGGAGAAGCUCAAAGUUCUCACGGAGAGUGUCGAUGAGGGCAGGACGAAAUCAUCUGAUGGUGAACAGGAGAGACUGGAGCAGGAAUUGUGGGAUGAUUUGACGCUCUUCAUGAACUCCAAUGCAUACUACACGAUCAGGAGGCUUCUCGCUGGGGAUCUGAAGAGUCACUUCAAGGGCAGAACUGAGGAUGAAGAGGAUCCUGUGAAGCUGGAACCCAAUCCUUUUGGCGAAAGUAAGGAAUCUUACACUCCUGGCGAGAGAGGAGGAAUUUACCUCACGGAUAACGUAAUCUACGGAAGUGUGCAGGAAACUGAGUGGAGUGUAAAUUUGAUGGACUUGAGGAAUGAGUGGGAAUGCAAGAAUUGUGAUGUCAAAUUCGAUUCCACAGGAAUUGAGAAGCUUCAGCAUCAAUCAAUUUGUCAGGCAGCAAAAGAGAAGCCCAAGAAAGAGAGUAAAGAAGAAGUUUCUUCCACUGCCAAAGCUUCAGGAUCGAAAAGUUAUCAAUGCGAACACUGCCAGGAAGUCUUCUAUUCCGGCAUUGAUAUUCUACGCCACAAGAGAAAGUGUCAAGUGCGAAAAUCUUAG